AUGUUCUACAAUAUUAUCGACUCGGAGCGCCGAUCCGGAAAUUCUACAACAGUCACAAAUCCCAGGACCAAUGAACCCCUCUGGGAUGUGCCUGCCGCACGUGAGACGCAACUAAACUACGCAGUCGAAGCUGCAAGAGCGUCAUUUAAAUCAUGGAAGCUCUUGGCUAUCGAGGAAAGGCAAAAGUACCUACUGAAGCUAGCCGAUGAGCUAGAACAGCGAAGAGAUGAGAUACAUGCCCCUUUGGCAGCAGAGACCGGAAAAUCGGUAACGAAGACCUUCCAUGUUAACGCUGCUUGGCUGGAAAAGCUGACUGGUCUAGCAUCUCAGUCACUGCCCGAUAAAGUCGAACACGAGAACGAUAAGACCAAGAUCGUGUCAACCCAUCAUCCUAUCGGAGUAGUAGGUGCGAUCAUCCCUUGGAAUUUUCCGCUCGUGUUAGCCGCUGCCAAAGCUUCUGCAGCGCUCGUCAUGGGAAACUGCGUCAUUGUCAAGCCAUCGCCAUCCACCCCAAGUGCCACUUUGAAGUUCGUUGAGCUUGCGACAUCAGUACUUCCGCGGGGUGUGCUUCAGGCGCUUAGUGGAGACGAUAAUAUGGGAAGGCUCAUUACCAUUCAUCCGGGGAUCGACAAGAUAAGUUUCACCGGAUCUAUUGCGACUGGAAGAAAGGUAGCGGAAAACGCGGCCAAGACUCUAAAGCGAGUUACACUCGAGCUUGGUGGAAAUGAUGGAUGUAUCGUCUGCCCCGACGUUGACGUCAAAACCGUUGCUGCUAAGGUCGCUGCCGGAGUUUUUAUCCAUUCGGGUCAAAUGUGUGUUGCUACAAAAAGAGUCUAUGUGCAUGAGUCUAUCUUCCAAGAAUUCCGGGAUGCUUUUGUGGAGGCAGUCAAGGACAUCAAAAUCGACCUUGCUGGCGACCAAUCACCUUUGUUCAGUCCCAUCCAGAAUGAGUCACAGUACAAUGUGGUCAAAGAUAUCAUCGCCGAUUGCAAGAAAAACAACUAUACUUUACUUUGUGGGGGGGACUACCGACGAGCACCCAGGAAACUGGCUUGGGGGGGCUGCGUCUGGGCGGAUGAUGUUGGCAAGGCGGAGCGCAUUGCGCGGAGAGUCGAAGUUGGAAGCGUAUGGAUCAAUAGCGCUGAAGACCCCAACCCAUAUGGCUACCUUUCUGGAUGGAAGCAAAGUGGGAUUGGAGGCGAGUGGGGGAACCUGGGCUUGAACUCGUACUCUUACACACAGAUAAUUCAGCUCCGCAAGUAG